ACCAAAAGUUCAAAACACGCCAAUCAUUCCAAUUUUCAAUCUUUGAUAAACCCCUUUGUUUAAAUUCUUUCCCUUUUCUCUUUUCUUGAAAUUCCGGUGGGAAAAAUUAUAUUUUCUUGAAAUCCCGGCGAGUGAUCGGAGAUGGGGUCACCGGAAAAUAUCAACUGGUUAUAUGACUAUAAUUUUGAUGAAGACUUGUCAACCCCUCAUGCUAAUUUCUCAAUUUCAACAUCUGCCUUUUCUUGGUCUAUGCAAAGUGCCUUCAAUGGUUCAACUAACUUUAGUGUUGAUAUUGAUGGUUCAAUUGGUGAAUCGGACUGCCUGAAGGAAAGCGGUUCUAAGAAAAGGGCAAGAGUUGAAUCAUGCACCUCAUCAAGUUCCAAAGCUUGCAGGGAGAGAUUAAGGAGAGAGAAGCUGAAUGACAAGUUCAUGGAAUUGGCGGCGCUUCUUGAGCCUGGAAGGCCCCCCAAAACGGACAACAGCGCGAUUCUUGUUGAUGCUGUUCGCGUGGUGACACAGUUACGCGGUGAGGCUCAAAAGUUGAAAGACUCAAAUUUGGAUCUACAAGAAAAGAUAAAGGAGUUGAAGGUUGAGAAACAUGAGCUUCGAGAUGAAAAGCAAAGGCUGAAGUCUGAGAAAGAGAAGCUUGAGCAACAACUAAAGACUAUGAGUGCACAGCCUGGCUUCUUGCCUCCUGCCAUGCUCGGUGCGUUUGCUGCUCCAGUUCAAGCUGCAGUAAGCAAGCUGGUGCCAAUCGUAAGUUACCCUGGGAUGGCGAUGUGGCAAUUCAUGCCUCCUGCUGCAAUAGAUACCUCACAGGACCACGUGCUUCGCCCUCCGGUUGCAUAAGCUGGCAGCUAAAUCCUAUGAUAGUUGACUUUACGCUGAUGUUAUUCUAGUCAUAUGCUCUUCUCUGUGUUAGUUUUUCCCUCCAGUCGUCUUGGUGUAUUUGCUGGUUGAUAGUAGUUCUCUUGUAACUUUUGAACUUUUAAUGAGUUAAUGCUGGUUUUCUCAACUGUAAAUUUUAGCAGGUUCAACCUGGCAUUUACAUGUACAUUCUUUUCCCUCCUGGUUAAA